AGUAAAUUUUAAUGCAAUAUUUGAGUAUUCUAAAAUUAAGUAGAGUGGUGGACAUUAUUUAUACAAAUGUUUAAUAGCGAUCACAAGAAAGACAGUCUUGAUUAUCUUUACAUAUACAAGUAAUGAGUUUGAAACUGAUAUGACUUAUGUAAUACACUAGUACAAGUUAACCUAUCUAUAGUCAAGUAACAGACUUUUAGUAAAACAAUAAAACACUUAAAAUGUCAUCAAAAAAGUGGUUAGUAAUUGGUAUUACCGGGGCCACGUGCAGUGGAAAAACGACGUUAGCUAAUCGGCUACAAAAAGAAUUAAAAAAUUCAAUAAUAGUACACCAAGAUAACUAUUUCUGGCCGAUAGAUGAUCCACGACAUGUAAAGAUACCGAAGCUUAAUCAUUUAAAUUGGGAAUUAAUGUCUAGUAUGGACAUGGAUAAAAUGCGAUCAGACAUUUUAAAAUUAAUUGAAUUUUCACCGAAUGACGUUAACUCAAUAGAAAAAAAUUGUGAAAGAGUUUUAAUUAUAGAUGGGUAUUUACUUUUUAAAUGUAAGGUUAUUACAAAUUUAUGCGAUAUUAAAUAUUUUUUCACGGUACCUAAAGAAAUCUCUAAGGAAAGAAGGGAAAAAAGAGAGUACGAGCCACGAGAUGUUCCGGGAUACUUUGAAGAAUACGUAUGGCCAGAAUAUUUGAAAUAUAAAGACGAAAUAAUGAAAGAUAAAAAUUUAUGUAAAACGAUAACAUUCAUCGAUGGAUCGAAAGAUUCCGAAGAAAUAUUUCAAAUGAUUUUCCCGCGAAUAAAACAAAUGUUAUCUUGAUGUUUUUAAAAAAUUUGUUAUACGUUCCAAAAUGCUGAAUAAAAGGUUUAAUUAAUAUUCUAA